AUGUACGCUCUCGCCACGAGAUACCUAACCCUCCUCGCCCCCCUCGCCGGUGCCGCCCUCGCUCUCGACGGCAUCGUAGCACCAUCCACCAUCAAAGCCGGCACAGCCUUCAACAUAACCUUCCAAAACGCAAACCCCGACACCUACCGCGUCUACCUCGCCGCCUCCCUCUCCGGCUCCAACGGACCAACCUGCUACCUCCUCAACACCACCACCCUCAACACCACCGUCCCCCUCACCCUCACCAUCCCCCCCAGCAUCGGCCCCUCCGCAACCUACUACACAAUCGGCAUCUCCGACCUCACCACCCAGCAAUCCGCAACCUUCAGCAACCCCUUCAACCUGACAUCCGCCAACGGAACCUACACCGCCUACGAAAACAACCUGCACUCCUCACCCUUCUGGGACCCGGAAAAUCUGCCUUGCGAAGCCUAUCCUUGCGCCAGGAAAUGCGCCAUGGAGUUUUAUCCCGAGGAUCUCGAGGAAGUGGAGGCCUAUGAGAGGAUGAAGGGGUGUAUUCUGGGGUGUGAGGGGGUGGUGAGUGCGGGGAAUUUGACGGGGCCGGGGCAGGCUACCAGUACUGGUGCUAGUGCUAGUGCCAGUGCUACGACUUCUGGGGAGGGUUCAACGGCGACGGAGGCUGCGGCGGCGGCGACGAGUAGUGGGGCGGCGAAUCGGAAUGUUUAUGCUGCGGCUGCGGCGGUGGCAGGAGUUGGUGCUCUCGCGAUGUACGAUGUGACGAGCUGA